AUGUCAGCAUCCUCCAAGAAAGAGCUGCAUCGCUACUGCCCUCUCCACUACCUUGCCCAGGAACGGCAAGUUCAAGACUGGGUGCCAAAACACAGUGAGCUGGACCUGGAACGGUCGUGUGGCCACAGGUUUCUAGGCCGGUCUCUGAAACAGAAACUACAGGAUGCCGUGGGCCAGUGCUUCCCUAUCAAGAACUGUAGCAGCCGGCAUUCUUCAGUGCUCCCAUCCAAGAGGAAAAUCCAUAUCAGCGAGCUGAUGUUGGACAAGUGUCCCUUCCCGCCACGGUCCGAGCUAGCUUUCCGCUGGCAUUUGAUCAAGCGGCACACUUCCCCCAUAAAGCAAAAAUCAGAAAGCUGGCUCAGCGUGGCGUCCUCCCACAGUGAAGGGAAGGAGGGAGAAGUCGAGAGCACGGAUGGAGGAGGGCCGGCGGUUCUGCAGGCUUCCAGUUUUGGCAACAGCCCUUCCUGCAGCUGUGACCCCCCAGCAAAGAGCAGAGAAGAGAGCGACAUGGAUUCCGACGAUGAGGCCAUGACGCUUUGUGCCAGCUCCAGGACGAGAAACAAGCCGCGGUGGGACCCCGGCGACGAACUGCUGCAGCUGGAAUCACCCCCGAAAUAUCACACCCAGAUUGACUACUUCCACUGUCUCGUCCCCGACCUCCAGAUCAACGACAACCCGUGCUACUGGGGAGUGAUGGAUAAGUAUGCGGCAGAAAUGCUUCUGGACGGAAAAAACAGCAAGUACACACUUUUGUGGGGCAAUUUACUCAUGUUGCUGUUGUAUUUCAACCAACUUCAGUCUAACUGGAAAAUGAAAUAA